AUGGACAAGACCGUCGCGACGUUGCUGGACACAGUGAUCACACACUUUGGCGGCGAGGGCAAGUUUGCACCGUUCUUGCUGAAAGAUUGGCCCCAGUUGUUUGCCUUGAGGCGGAUGGCUUGGAAAGCUGCACUCUACCUUCCAAGGGAUGGCACUCGUGUAACAAGUGGGAAACUCAAGCUGGUGCAACAUUUCAUCGGUUUUCGUCCCGGAACACGCUUAAACAAAGUGCAGGUCAUGGACACGGUGGAGAAAGACUUUGGUAGCAAGACUGAGCUUGCACGGGAUUCGUUCAAGUUCGCAGUCGACAAUACUGGCGUCAAACGAGCAGACGACAUCUGA